AUGGCUAUCGACUCUUGGAGAAAAUAUUUCGAUUUCUCGUCUAUCGACAAAAAUCAAAUGAAUGGUUUAUGUAAAUUAUGCAAGAAGAAUUAUAAAGAUCAACAUGGGAUAUAUAGUAAUUUUUUAAAGCAUAUAAAACGUGCACAUCCACUUGAAUAUGAUCAAAUCUUCAAUCAUGGAAAUGAAUGUUCAACUGAAGAACAAAAUAUUAUUAGUGAUGAUCGAGUAGCUAUUGAUUCAACAAGCACAAAAAACAAGCAGAAUCGAAUAAUCUCGUCUAUUGCAAAAAAUUCAAUCAUUGGUUGUAACUUACCAUUCAACUUAGUUGAAAGUCCAGGCUUUCGUGAUUUUAUGAAAGAAUGCAACGUCAAAUAUAAACCAAUAUCUUCAAAAAAAUUGAAACGUGAUAUUGUUCCUUCAUUUAAGAGUACAGUUCUCAAAGUUAUUGGUGAACAAUUAAAUAAUAUUGAUUAUUUAACAUUAACCGUCGAUGGAUGGUCUGAUCGGCGGUGUAGAUCAUUUUUGGGCAUUAUAUGCCACUUCAUUGAUAGUAAAAUGAUUCCACACGCUGUUUUAAUUGAUUUUUUACGUAUCAAAUCACCACAUACCGGUGAAAAUAUAAGACAAUUAACUGAAGAAGUUCUUGAUAAAUUUAAUAUCAAAGAGAAAGUCUAUAAAAUUGUUACCGAUAAUGCAUCAUCGAUGAUCAAGGCUUAUAAGUUCGGCCUAUUUGUUGAAGAAGAAGUUGAUGCAUAUGGAGAUGAUAGCAAUUCGACACAAGAUGUAAAUCAUGUAUUUGAUGAUCAUGUUCAGGGUUACCAAAUUCAAAUUUUAGAAAUCAGAAGUUUUUUUUGA